CGGAAGUCCGCCAACCCAGAAGAAGAAGCGCUUCCGCCCGGAGGCACUUUGAUGUUAGUUAAUGGCGGUCGGUUGUCUGUCUGCGUCUUCACGGUUUCAACUGUUGGGUCAUGUGCCGAGGUGAAUGGAAAAUUACGCUUUAAGACGCGGCGAAAAGGAAGGAAAAGUUGAGAAUGCAGGGCGAGAAUGGCGAAAAGGACUGCGGAUGUGAGGUGACCGAGCUCCGUCUUAAAGUGGAGGCGUUGAAAGACGAGCUGAAGGAGUGCAAGACGGAGCUGUCCAAGUUGCAGAAGCAGCUGAGCCACUCCGAGGGACUACAGAGGAGCUCCGAGAGCUACAAUGAAGACUUGAGGAAACAGGUCGACCAACUGAGCACAGAGAUUCACGAGAGGAAGAAAAAAAGCAAAGAAAAAGUCCACACUGAAACUCAGACAGAAGACUACGUUUGGACUGAAACAGAUUAUUACAACUAUUACUAUGGUGACUACUAUCAGAAACCCGAGAAUGCAAACUCGCAGGAAAGUCAGGAGGUCAUCCCGGCCGUUGAUGCAGCCGCUGCGGGUGAAGCGGCAGAAGUUCCAGCAACGGCGGAACAGGCAGCGACGGUUGACGUGCCGGCACCAGCUGACAGCAACGUGGUAGUCACAGCAGAGGAGGGUGACGCCGGCUCCAUUGCUGACAUGUUGAGGGCCACUGCUGAGCAGGCGAUGACGGAGACCGGGUUUGUCUUUGACGAGACAUCUGGGAUGUACUAUGACCACAGCACCGGCUUCUACUACGACUCGGUCACCCAGCUGUACUACGACAACAACACGGGCAUUUACUACUACUGUGAUGCGGAAAGCGGACGCUACCAGUUUCAUUCCAAGAUUGAGGUUGCUGCUGUGCAAGAAGAUAGUACCGCUGACAAGAAAGGGAGGUGGUUCAAGAGGGGGCUGAAGAAAACGUCACUACACAGCGAUAAGGAUUUCUCAUUUGAUGAUGUCAAGAUGGAAGACACCGACCACCACGCGAGCAAGCGCAGAUCCAAACAAAGAUCUCGUAGUCCCGAGCUGUCUCCGCGAGAAAGAGACUCCAAACGGCAGGGCGACAGAGACCGGUCUUCGUCGAAGAGAAAGAAGCGCAAAAGUUCAAACCAUGACGAGAAGAGAAAAUCAAAGAAGAAGAAGAAGAGAUCCAAGUCGCGACAGAAGGACCGCGGUUCGGGGACUCAGAGCGAGGGUAACAGUGAGCCAGAGGAGGGGGAGCUGACAGAGUCUGAGAAGGAGCACUGGGAGUCUCCUGUGUCCAGGUCUCCUUCUGCCAGCUCCCCUUGCAACCACAGCCCACAGUCUGAGAUGGAGACUCAGUGCCGGCCAGAACUCUGGCCGCCAUGCGUGAGAGUGACUGUGGUCCGGUCUCCAGUGCUGCAGGUCGGCACCUUAUUCAUCAUCACGGCUGACUCUGCAGCCACCAUCGGCAGAGAGAAAGAUAUGGACCAUGCCAUCCGGAUAGCAGAAAUGGGAGUGAGCAAGUUCCAUGCCGAGGUCUACUUUGACCAGCAACAGCAGAGCUACAUGCUGGUGGAUCAGGGGAGUCAGAAUGGAACGGUCAUCAACGGCAACAGAAUCUUACAGCCCAAAACCAAGUGUGAGCCACACCCGCUGACGCACGGCGACGAGGUAAAGAUGGGAGAGACGGUGCUGUCCUUCCAUAUCCACGCAGGGACGGACACCUGCGAUGGCUGCGAGCCCGGCCAGGUGAUGGCUCACCUCAGCAAGCACAAGAGAGAGGAGGCGCCAGGACCAACUCUCAGCAAAGAGGAUAAAGAAGUGCUGAGACAGAAGGAGCUCAAGCAGAUCAAGGCCAAAUAUGGCCUCCAGAGUAAAGAGUUUGAAGAAGUCAAAGCCCUAAAAAACCCAAAGUACAAGGACCGGGCCGAGUCUCGCCGGCAGACCGUGGGCAGCGAGGGGGUUUUCCAACAAGAUGAUGCCCCGGCUUCUGUCCACGUGGAGAUCAGCGAAGUCAAUAAAGGAAGAAAGAUGCUGGAAAAGAUGGGCUGGAAGAAAGGAGAGGGACUAGGAAAAGGGGGAAGCGGAAUGAAAGACCCGAUCCAUCUCAAAAUCCGGAAGGCCCAGUCCGGACUGGGGGCGUGUGCCACCGUGUCGCUGGAUGACGCCUCGCUGACCAGGACCAAAUCCCAAAAGAAUUGGGAGAAAGCCCGUGAGAGAUUCGCAGACAAGUGCCAGGCGGAAAUGCCGCCAUCCACAACCGAGAAGAGCGCGUCCCCCACAGCCUGGGUCAAAGCGGAAACCGAGACCGCGGACCCUCAAACAGACACAGACCCAGCCGCGCAGAGUUAAAACGGUACCUGACUUCUGUUAUUAUGGACAACUGUGCUUUGUACAAAGGAUAAGCCACAAUGCUUCUGAGGGUCCGACCAGCAGCGGUGCAGGACUGCAGCAUCGCCCUGAGCAAAUAUUGACACAGUCGAGCUGCGUUUCUCACGGUGAUGUCAUCCUGCGUGGGCGUGCUCAGGCGUGUGCAACAUGAGAUUGUAGCACAUGACUGCAACUGUAAGUUCUCUUGUGGCACACAAAAGUACCAAGAACCGGUUGUGUUAUCGCUUCAUGUUACGACCGGUGCCAAGUAUGGAGGUUAGUUUUGUUUUUAUUAAGUAAGCUUUUUUUCACACUUAAUUUAUGUAACUGAAUGUUUUGCAUUUGAAUUUGGUGAACUGAUUUAUUAUUAUUUUUACAUAAAACUGACAAUUUAGUUGUAAGAAAAGACAUGCACUAAAUUGGCCUAAGUGUGUGAAUGUUGUCUGUCUGUCUGUCUGUGAUGAGGUGGCGACUUGUCCAGGGUGUACCCUGCCUUCCGCCCGAUUGUAGCUGAGAUGGGCUCUGGCAUCCUUCGCGACCCCAAAAGGGAUAAGUGGUAGAAAAUAGAUGGAAAAUGUCUGUGUUUAUAAAUUCUGUGUGAAAAAAUAGUCAGUGUAUGGCAAUUCACCGUUAAAAAAUUAAAUGUAAGCGUUAAAGAAAAAACAGCCCUGAAAAAUUUGGUGUUUAAGAAUUCUAUGCUUCAAAAAGCAAGACUCACUUCUGCUAAAUGAAGGCCGAAGCAAUCGAUCCUGUUUCAGAAGCAGCCAAUGAGGUGUCAGGUUUGAAGUCACGUGACACGGGUCUGGCAAAACCGCAUUAAAAAUAAGGCAGUGAAGUGGGCAUAACACAACAUUUCAAUGCUGCCCGCUGAAUGUUUUUAAACUAUAGAAAUAAAUCCAAAUUGUUACACACUGAAUUCUAAAACUCUACAUUUUUUUCAAGGAAAUUGUCAGCUUAAUUUGAUGUAAAAAAAAUAAAAAUAAAAUCAGUUCACAAAAUUCAAACUCUAAAACCUAAACAGUGUCAAAAAAUCUUUGGUAAUAAAGACACAAAUGAAGGUCCAUACUAAGAAGCGUGCAGGCGUGUAGACACACACACAACAAAGGUGUUUUCCUCCACGUCGCUCUGAUUCUCUGCCAGUUCAUGUUCCACGUGUGUAAAUAGCACCUGAUUCAAACCUGUUAUGUCGGCUUACGUGUUUAUAUUGAGAAAUACUGGUAUUUUCUAUACAACUUGAAAUAAACGACAAGCGAGAGUAA